UGACGACUACUGUGCUGAACUUCCACGUAGCACGCAGCGCCGUAUGAAGAUAACAGUCGUCGGCGUUAUGUCGGAGCAUUGUAGGAUCAGAAGUAUUGUCGUGAGUGGACGUUAAAUUGAGAUUAAUCAGUGUUCUUAACAGAAGUUGCCUGUCGAGCAACGAAUUAAAAUGAGGAAUUUUAAUAUUCUUUUAUUCUUGAUUGUUUCAACAAUUGUACUUGCGGUGAAAGAAGAUUGUGUCUAUGCUCAAGAGGAUGAAAAUAUUGAUGACAUCGUUGAUGUGGAAGGUGAAGAAGGUAGUAUAAUAACUGAUGAAGAAGUAGAAGAAGAUACUAGUAAUGCCUCCGCCGACGCUGAUACAACAAUACUUUUUACGAAACCUGUUCACAAUACACUGUCGACUCUUGAAUUGCCAGCUGGAAAUAUAGUGGAAUUUCUUGUGGGCUUUACCAACAAAGGUGAAAAUGAUUUUGUUCUGGAAUCACUGGAUGCUUCUUUCCGUUAUGCAAUGGACUUCAAUUUUUACAUUCAAAAUUUCUCCACGUUUACAUUUAACAAGAUUGUUAAGCCAAAGCAUGAAGCUACCCUAGCUUAUUCCUUUAUACCAUCCGAGAGUUUUGCUGGAAGACCGUUUGGCUUGAAUGUCAAUCUGAACUAUAAAGAUACGAAUGGAAUAUCUUACAAUGAGGCGGUUUUUAAUGAAACUAUACAAAUUAUAGAGAUAGAUGACGGUCUUGAUGGAGAAACCGUUUUUCUAUAUGUAUUCCUAGCGGCAUGCGUUAUAUUGACUCUUGUAGGAGGUCAACAAUUGUUAUCAUCUUUGGGACGCAAAUCGCGCUCCUCUACUACUCGUAAAGUGCCAGUUGAAAUGGGUACAUCCAAUCCUAACAACGUAGAUUAUGACUGGCUGCCGAAAGAAACUCUCAACAGAAUCAAUAAAUCUCCUAGAACUCUGAAGCAAAGCCCAAGGCAAAGGAAAACAAAAAGAACAGCUGGUUUUGAUGAUUGAACUAUAUUAAUAUUUAUGUAUUAUUUAAAAAAUGCAGGUAAAUCUGCUGCACCACACGAGAAAAUUGCAAUAAUUUUUAAAAAAUAAUUCAUGGUUUUCUAAUCUCUUAAGUGUAAAGCAGAUUACAUGAAUAAGAAAUAUCUACUUUUAAUAAGUAGUACAGAACGUGGAGUUUCUCAAUGAGUUUAAUGAGAUACUAUUGUAAAGAAAACUAUAUGACUACAUUCUGUAAUAUUAUUGUGAAUAUGUUGAACUUUAUAUAUGUUCCAAAUCAAUAGAGAGAAUAGUAUAAUGAUACUCAAUGAUUUAUUUUUGUUCAGAAAUUAUACAUAAUCACGUAUAUAGUACUUAAGAGUAAUACGAGUUAUAAUAUAAUUUCUUUUCAUUUAGAAUAAUUGUUCAUUUUUUAAAUUUAAUCUAUGUUAUUACAAAUAAUAUGAAUAUGCAUGUAUGUAUGCGUCUGGAAAUAAAAUUUGAUUAUUGUAAAA